UAUGGGCCUUACUCCCGAUCGUGAGCUUACCUACGUAAUAGUGAUGUGAUAUAUAAUCACAAUUCACACACAGCCAUCUCUGCCUCAGGAUCCUCCGUCGUCAACCGCAGAGGCAGCUUCCUCCCCCACCGCCACCGCCGCUACCGUACUCCCAUAAUCAAUAAAUACCUGCUAAAUUAUGGAGAUGGACAUGAAAGAUGUGAUUAAUAGAUUACCGAAAGAAGUGAUUGGGACGAUUCUGUCCCUUCUACCAUUGAAAGAAGCAGUGAGAACAAGUGUGGUGUGCAGAGCGUGGAGGGUUUUAUGGUCAAAUUAUUUUUCGGGAUCUGUAACUCUGGAACCGCCACAAGUGCCGCCCAAAAUCUGCUACCUAUUGCGGGAGGAGAUGCCUUCCUGUUUGUCCGAGUUUGCAUGUUCAGUUGAUCAACUACUAUUGGAGAAGUUGAAAUAUCCAUUCUUAAAGGAGUUUAAGGUCGCGUUUUUCCUUAACUAUCCAAGCAUAGCGUCAAACAUAGAUCGCUGGAUACACGCUGUCGCGGCCAAACAAGUCGAGAAGCUGGACCUCGACUUCUUAGAUGUAAUAAGGCCCCCGUGGAGCUACAAUUUUUCAUGGCCGGAAGGGUGCCGGUGUUUGAAGGUCCUUCGCUUGAGUUUCAUAAGUGUUUCGGGGGAAAUGCUAGAGGGAAUCUUGGCCGGCUGCCCCUUACUCCAAGAGCUAAGCGUUUCAAGGUCACGAGUACUAGCUGGUUUUCGCGUUUUGCACCACGAGGCCUUGAAGCAUUUGGAGAUUCGUGACUGCAUCGGUUCUGCUGAAAAGGUAUUAAUUACCGUGGUAUCGGCCCCCAAUUUGGUGUAUUUCAAAUUCGGUGGUAAUGGGCGAUUUGCUCACAUAUCGUUGGUCAAUGUGCCGUGCCUGACCCAAGUUUUCUUGGGACCGAGCUAUGCAACUCAUGUAUUAGAUGAAGAAAGCUCCCCAGAUAUGGAAUUUGACCUCCUUCAUCAAGUCCUUCAUGACUCCAUUGCGCGCCGCUUGAAAGAAUUGACAUUGGACUUCUCCGAUAAUAUAUGGUGGGGCUCUUGUUUCCGCAAACAAGAGCGACUCGAAAUGUUACUUGACAACCUUACGCACUUGAACCUGAUUGUGCCUGUGUGCUCCGCCUUCAGUUUUCGUCUGUAUGAUAUAUCAGAGUUGAAGAAAACGGCCUCACCUGCAUUUCAUAAUUUUGUACCUAAGUUGGGGUGGAUGGGGCGUCGCCAUAGAAAGAUUUUGUUUACGAAUAGAGAUGUUGGCAUGCGUGAAGAGGUUGCUAAAAAGUGGACCUUCAAUAACAAGAAUGGUGGUCUAUUCACAAUCACAUGGCGUGGUGAUCAGGGCCGGCAUGGAAAUGCGAACAAAUAAAAUUGGGAAAAAUUGGGGUAGCUGAAGAAGAAGAAUGGAAAGGCGUAUCGCAGUACUUGGGA